AUGGCGACUCAGGCUCUCGAUAUCGAGCGCGAGCUUUCGCGUGAUGAAAAGUCUGGCACGAUGCACAGCGAGCAUAUGGGCGGCCUUACGGAACAUGAUGCCGACUUCUUGAACAAUUUCCCAGAAGAGCGCAAGAAGGCAGUCGUCCGAAAGGUUGAUAUGCGCCUCAUCCCUAUGCUUGUCCUCUUGUAUUUGAUCGCAUACCUGGACAAGACAAACAUCGGAAAUGCAAAGAUUGAAGGAAUGACGGAUGACUUGCAUCUCAAGGGUAUUGAGUAUAACAUCGUCACCGCUAUCUUCUUUAUCCCCUUUGUACUAUGCGAGGUUCCUUCAAACAUGAUCCUUCACAAGUUUAGGAGGCCGUCUAUCUACAUGGGAGGUAUUGUCUUCUGUUGGGGCGUCAUCAUGACCUUAACGGCCCUCGUACAAAACUAUGCCGGUCUCUUGGCCAUUCGCUUUUUGCUAGGUAUCUUUGAAGCCGGUUUUCUCCCUGGUGCCAUCCUGAUCAUCUCCAAUUGGUACCUCCCCAACGAAACUCAAACCCGAAUUGCGAUCCUAUACACCUCAGCUGCUACUGGUGGUGCUUUCUCUGGUCUUCUUGCUUUCGCCAUCGCGAAGAUGGAUGGUAUGGCAGGCCUUGAAGGCUGGCGUUGGAUAUUCUUGAUCGAGGGUCUCUUCACCGUCGUCGUUGCUGUCAUGUGCUUCUUUAUGCUCUGCGACUCGCCAGCUUUAUCCACCCGCUGGCUCGAGGCCGACGAUAUCCGAUAUCUCGAACUCCGUCAACUCGCUCGACGCUCCUCUGUGCCCUCAGACUACAAGGAGAACGAUCACUUUAACCUUCGACUCUUCAAGGAUAUCCUUCUUGACUACAAGAUCUGGCUUCUUUUCUUUGCCAACUGGUCCAACGCUGUUCCCAAUUACGCCAUGAAAUUCACUAUGCCUACUAUCCUUCGCGGAAUGGGUUACACUUCUAGUGACGCGCAGCUCAUGACUAUCCCACCCUACGCUAUUGGCGCCAUCUCUGCAUAUGCAUUUGCCAUCUUUGCCGACAAGUACUCAUGGAGAGCUCCCUUUAUUCUGGGACCCCAGUGCUGUCUUGUCACCGCCUUUAUUAUCCUCUUUGUCAAGUCUGGUGACAUCGACAACAACAUCGCUGUUUGUUACUUUGCCGUCUGUCUUGCAUGUUUUGGAAUGUAUCCUAUCCUUCCAGGAGUCAAUGCUUGGAACGUGGCCAACACUCCCGAUCCUGCCAAGCGAUCUGUCAACAUUGGAAUUCUGGUCUGUGUUGGUAAUAUUGGAGGUCUGAUCGGCUCUUAUAUCUACCUUGAGCGUGAGGCACCCCGAUAUCCGGUUGGAUACGGUACCUCGCUUGCUUUCGGCUUGGCUGGUAUUAUUGCAGUUGUGCUGCUUGAGACUCUGCUCAAGCGAGGAAAUGCCAAGAAGGCUCAGAUGACCGAGCAAGAAAUUCGCCAGCGAUACUCUGAGGAAGAGCUCGUUCGUAUGGGAGAGAAGAGCCCCCUCUUCAAGUAUGCUCUGUAA